AAACCGAGGGAACAUUCGAGCUCCGCCAAUGAAAAGCGGACUUGGCAUGUUUACUUCGAGUCCAGUUCGAGAAGGGGUCUUAGAGAUCUAGCAUUGCAUUCACGUUGAAGACAAUCGAUGCCAAAUUAUAUCUUGUCCAAGGCAUGCAACACGCGACAUUCUCCUCUCCGUUUGUCCUUCCCGUGCGUAUUGUGCGAAGCAUAUCGACACAACCAUGAGCGCCCAAAUCCCUGCCUCACCGUCCCCUGCGCCAGAGGCACCUGUCGCGUCGGCCCCUGGACCUCGUGCUGCGGCCCUACAGAAAGUGUUUGCAGGCGCGCUAUCAUCAUCAAUAAGGGCCAACUCCUACGCCAACUUCAGCUCGUGCUUUCCGACUCCUGCGAAAUACUGUCCCAGUGCGCUGGAAGGAGUAUGGAAACAGCUGAACACACGCUUGGAAGAGGAAUGCAUGCGCGACUUUGAGAAAAUAUUGGAAGAGCGACAGGUCAUUGAGGGUCUGAAUCAAUGGGACAACAUGAUCGAAGAGGCGCGAAGGAGGAAGAACCGCGCAGUGGAGGGCGAGGAACCCCCGAGACCACUGCACACCCUCUCAGCGGACGAGCUUCAUAGUGCACAUCUCACACCCUACCUCCAGCAAGCCCAGGACGAGCUGAGCUCCAAGGUACACUCCACACAGGCUGAAAAUGCCACGAUCUUUAGCAAAAUCACCGAGCAACGAGCGGAAAUAGAGCAACUAUUGAGUGGCUUGGAUCGUGUCAUCAAGGAUAUUGAAGGCAGUGUCGAUGCUAUUUACACCGACGAGCAGAGUGGCUUCGGAGAACUGAAGGGUGACGUGUGGACAACUGAGCAAGAGUUGGCUGCAACAAGAUAGCGGUGCUUGUGAGUGCUGUGGUACGAUAUGCAUGAUUUGAGAUUAUUAGCGAAGGUGUUGGUGGAGUCUGCUUUUGGGUAUUUUGAGGUUUCACGGUUGGGAAACGAACGCAGUGAACGAUGCUUCAUGCAUGGAAGGCUUGUGGCGUGAACAGCUAUGACGGCGGUCCCCCCACCCAGGACAGUUGUGUAUCACAGAUUCACAAAGUGAGGGUGACCAUCCUUGAUAGGCUGUCAGCGAGUGUACAGCAACUGGGAAAAAUAUCAGAAUAGACAAGUGCCCACAUUUGACAGGCCAUGUUGCUAAUUUUGCAAGGUGGACUGCUUCUUCG